AUGGUCAAAACAUCACAAGACAGUUUUGGCAACAACGCCAUCGAGGACGAGCUUUGCGGGGCGCCCAGCCCCCCGGCGGCCUCCGCGCAGGGGGCGGCGGCGGCGCAGCACGCCCAGCAGCACGCGCAGUCGCGCUCAGGGGGCGGCGGAGGCGGCGGCGGGGGCGGCGGCGGCGGCGGAGGCAGCAAGACGCGGCGGCGGCGCACGGCCUUCACCUCCGAGCAGCUGCUGGAGCUGGAGCGUGAGUUCCACGCCAAGAAGUACCUCAGCCUCACCGAGCGCUCGCAGAUCGCCGCCGCGCUCAAGCUCUCCGAGGUGCAGACUUCAUGCCCGUAA